UCAUUUAACGAACUAAACACUGUCGCAGUUGAUAAUAAUCGUUGUGUGUUAUUCGUUUUAUUAUGACUGGCUACAUUUCAAGUUAUUAAACUUUUUGAAACGAGAAUCGCUAAUAAGCUAAAAUAAUCCGCAAUCAAAGCAAACUAAGUUAUCAAUUUUGUUCAAUGCAAGUGAAAAAUGGCCCUCUUGAGCGGAGCUCGGUUAUGUGUUCUGGAUAAAAAAGGUGAUAAAACCAAUCGGGAAAUAACAAUACGAACAAAUCAAGUGAAGUUCGGAUCGCAUCCUUUGAACACAAUUCGUUUGAAAGCAAACUCAGUCAAACAGUUGCAUUGCAAAAUUUUUACUAAAAAUGAAAAAGUCAUCAUUAUCAACUAUUCGAUUGAAAAUCCCAUCAUUGUUAAUAGCGAAGCUAUUCUUAAGCGUGGUUUUUUGAGCGAUGGUUCUAUUUUAAAUAUUUGUGGAACACGAUUCCGUUGGCAAUUUGACGAAUCAAAAUUGCUUAACAAAAAAUCUGAACAAACCACAAUUAGCUCCCGGAAAGGAAAACGACGACGUACAAUUAUAAUUCAGAAAAAACAAUCAAUUGAUACAAAAAGAACGUCAACAGAAACGUGUAAAAAAACAGUUUUGAAGAAAGGGCAGAAAACUCCGACGUAUACAUUGCCUAAAAACGGGAAACAGUUGCUGAAAAACAUUCGAAAAAGAUUUACUGUUCACAAUAUCGCCAUCGGUCAUGAUACUGACGAUGAGACAAAUGAUGAAAUCCAUAAAGAUGAAGUUAUAUCUCUGCAAUCAGAAUCAACUCCAACAACUAAUCCUAGACAAUCUAGAAAUAACACACCGUUCUACACACCCGAACUGGAGAAGGAAAAUACAGUACCUAUGGAUAUUGAAAAAACUCCGACGGUACAUUUGGAAAAUUCUGCCAUGAUGAUAUUAUCUUACACACCUAUAGUUGGAACGCGUUCAAAAGUAAACCUUAAGAAAACGCCAUUGUCUUCUGCUAAUAAAGGAUCGAUAGGAAUGCGAUCGCCCUAUAUGACUCCCAAAACAGAGAACAUAUCAACUAGUAAUAUUUCGAAAGCAGGAAAUUCGAUGUAUCUUAUUGACUUGACAACACCAGGUAGUGGUCAUAAUAGCUAUGUGAACAGCCCACUGCGCGAACGUAAUAAUUCAUUUUCUUCGGUUGGUUCUUCUGUCGGGCUUAUUGAUCUAAUUACACCUAGCCCAAAGAAAAUCAAAGCAUCUUCAUCGGCCGUUAUGAAAUCUGUUCCAAAAGGUUUAUUGAAAUCAGCUCUAAAAAAUGCCAGCAAAACACCUCGAACGCCUCUUGUAGGCACACCAAAAAAUGUUCCAAAAAUUAAAAUUGACGAUCAACCUGGUAUUCCGGAUAUAAAUAGGAAAAUCAGUAGAACUCCAGUAAGUACUUCCAAAAGUAAAAUACGCCGUCAAAUAGAAACUCCGAUCGUCUGUAAAAGUCAACCAGUAUGUACCGUAUCGAGCCAAGAGAAAGAAAAUCAAAAUAAUUGUAAUGAGAAGGAUACAACAAAAUCGUCGCUGAUAGCAGUCACGACGACCGAUGAAAUAUUUGACACACUUUUAGGGCAAUCUAUAAAAAGGACUGACUCUCGAAAAUCAGAUUCUUCAAAAAGUAGUGGAAUUCCCUCCAUAAUAAGCAAAGGCGGCAGUAACUGUCCGGAAACCGAAGUUGAGAAUUUGGUGGAAUCUGCUUCGAAUGUUACUACUUCCAAAGCAAUGGAUGUUGAGUCGGCUAUGAGAAAACCGAAUCGAACGACUCAAAUACGAUCAUCACAGUAUUCUGACAUCACGCCACAUGAUUCGUUUGUGGACGGGUCCACAGUAGCCAUUGCUGAUGAGGAAUUGCCAGAAUGUAAAGAUGAGUCUGUAAUUUUGAGUGAAAAUGAGUUAGAAAAUCUAGACGAGAAGCCAAAAAUUGUUAGUAGCGGUAGAAGAAGUCAUACUCCAUUGACAAGUAAAAUUGUUCGAACGUUGGGAAACAAACGACAGACGAUUGGUAAUUUCUUCUCUAAUAUGUUCGGUAAGCUUACGGUUAGUCCCGUAAAUCGAGUCAGUAUUACUGAUAGCACUGAAUUACCCGAAGAAAAAGAAAAUGGCUCCGAAAAUGAUUCAGAUGAAUCGGAGGAAGUAUAUCACGAUAGCGAAAUUGAUCAGGAAGUAAACAGAAUCCAACAAAAUGCGGAUAUUUUAAUGAGUUCAAGCCCUAAAUUACGCCAUUCGUUGCGAGACACUCGCAAGUUUAUUGGAAGCGCGUUAACUUCGUUGAACACGUCAAAAUCUGUUAUGUUAGAAACCAGUGAAAUUGAUGAGAGCAUUUUGCUGAACGAAACGUAUGAUGAAAAUAACAUAGUUGAAGGAAGUUAUGACCUAACAGAUUUAAGUAGUCGACCAGCAACUGCAUUAUCUUCCGAUCACGCAGUGUUACCAAGAUGCGAGCAACUCUCGACACCCGAAAUUUCGGCUCAGGAGUUCAAUGAUGCAGAAAUAAAGCUACAUAACAAUAGUCGCUGCCACUUGGAUUCGCAAAAUACUCCAAAUAGGAAUGUCGUGUGUGAGAUUCCGACGUCUAGCAAACGAAAAACCGUUCAACGAGAGUUUGAAAUAAGUCCACUAGCAGUUCCAUUAGGGAGAACACCGAAAGCAUCUCCCAUAACAAAGAGGAAUAUUGCAAAAGCUUCUUCCAUAAACUCACAAUCUAAUUUCAAAAAAUCCAAAGGGCAUUUCGAAUGCAGUGAUUAUACAAUUUCUCCAAUCGCACAAAGCAAGCUGAAUAUCUCUAUAUUGACCGAGACCACGGAGAAUAUAUCCAUAACCCCGUCGAGCAUUUCGACCAACAUAGUCAAAGAGAAUGAUAAACUAGACGUGAACUCUGAAUCGCAACAACCGGAUUCGAAGGAAUCGACUAUUGUAUUGGUUGGAAUCACAUCAACACAAUCAUCAGUUGAUCUUAGUCAAGUUGCCGCUUCAUGUUCCAUGAGUGCCCCCAAAAUAAGACCUUCUGAUGGAGAAAUUGCUGUUGAUGAUACUAGAGAGCAUAAUAUAGCAUCAGUUACUUCGAUUAUUUCCGGUGAUGUCGAUUCCUCUAACCAGUCUAACUUAAACGAAUCUUCAUGGACUGUGGAAGCUUUGGAGCAAACAACCGUCAACGAUGGUGAGCACCUCGAAAAAGAAUUCACCACCCCCGAUGCCAUUUUGACUGGCUCUCAUACUACAAACAAUGAAAACACUAUAUCGCCUGUCGUCCGCAAAUCAACAGGUAUCGAGAAUCUGAAUGCAGAUUCUACUGAGGUCUACAAUGAAGACAGUUUAGAUAUUGUCACGGCAGAGCUCGAUCUUGUGACAAGUAGCGGAUGUGAGAAACAAGAAUCCUCAACAAUCCAAUCGCACAAAUAUGUUGAGCAGAAUGAAUUACCUAGACGUAGUUCUAGACGAGCGACAACCACUCCAUCAACAUUUUUCAAAACAUCCAAGACAAGCAGUGCUCAAAUUACUCAUACUUCAUGGACGUUUGGAACCAUACCAUAUGGAGAUCAGUUAGUGAUAGACAAAAGUGAUGCUGAGCAUGGUGAUGAGUUUCAUGCGGAAUCCAGUUCACGUAGCACCAUAUCUACAAAUAAUAGCGACAUGAAAUUCGACAUCGACAAGAGUCACAUUAAAAAAAUCCAUAAAAGUUUUACUGAUGCAUCUAAUGUGAAGUGUUCGGAAGAUUCUGUUGGAAGUAUUGCUUCAAGAAAAAUGACUCGAUCAUCAACUAGUGCACUUUCUAAAAAGGAAUCGUUUACCCUUGCCAAAGAAACAACAUUACAAGAUACGAAGGUACAAGAUCAAAUCCGUAUUACUUGUGAUGACAGCACGUUUGAUAAUAUUCUUGAACCAUCUAUACAAGAAUGUGAUACUCAAAAAGAUCAACAAUUGGGCUUGAUCCAAAAAACCGAACAACAGCCAGAAAAUGAUCCAACAGAGUUUAUGUCAUCAGACACAUUGUCACCAUCAGCUAACGACUACAUUUCAUUUUCGAAUAAUUCAUGUUACUCUUCCAAUGAGCAACGAACUGAAAACAAGCUACACUGUAGCAAACAUGAGUUGACACCAUCUGUUAUUGAUAAGAUGGAUAACAAAAUUACAAGCAAGAGUCAGAUCAUUCUUGAAUCACCUGUAAAUUGUUGUAUAGAUAGGGUAAACACACCUACGCAAUCAUGCAAUGAUGCAAAUUCGACUCCAGUGUCGCAUUUAAAAACGUUGUUUGGAACCCCUAUCGGACUAUCUGCAGAUUCAACUAACAGCGCUAAGCGUGUCCCUGCAGUGGAUUUUGUGACAUCAGGGAACUCAAAUAAUUCUACUCGUACUCCGUCAAGAACUUUAAGAUCUUCAAGAAAGUCUACUUUUCAUAAGAAUGAGAUCGAUAAUAUAUCUACAACUGUUACGGAUAAUUCCUUAAAUAAAAUGACUCCCAACUCGAAUGUUUCCUUCGAAGAAACAAAUCUUACCAUGACACCAAUGUUGAAAGCAUUGUUUAAGACGCCUGCAAGGUCGACACGACUUCGAACUUCCACACCGUUGAUAAAAUCCACUACUAUAAAGAAAAUAGUGAAUCCACACGAAACUACAUCUACAUCUACACAAGAAGCAAGUGUUGACUUUACACCUACAAAGAAUGAGUUGUUCAAGGCACACUCUCGAAGUCAUAUUUCUAAAAUGAAUACUUCAGAAGGAGGAAGAAUUUUGAACGUGGAAGAUAUUACGUCUUUGAGACGAUCACGUCGUUCAUGUUCUCUCAGAAAAUCGAUAACUGGAACACCUAAAAAUUUUAAUACGAUGAAAAAUAUCACUCAAAAACUUCCUUCUAAGCAACAGGAACAAGGAACGACAUCAAUCCCAUCUGUGAAACAAGCGGUUAAUAUAAUUCCAACGAAACAUGAUGAUCUAAUCGUGGAGUCCGAAAGUACACCAAACAAAAAAGAGUUGAUUAAGUCUCUUUCCGGGGUAAUGUACGCCAAAGAAUGUUCGGAGUUGCAACCGUUGGAUUCAGAAGAAUGUUCAAUGUCAUUCGACAAACUAAACACUUCCAUAACACCUUUACGUUUGUCCUGUUCGGCGAGAAAGGUAAAUGUUGAACCGAUUAAUACUGUUCAGUCUCCUAUCGAAGUAAGGCCAUUAUCGGUAGUCGACGGCAAUCUAGAAAAACACGAAAUGACACUGAACAUAGAAAAGCUAUUCGAGACACCUCGAGCGUCAACUUAUGUAUUGUUAUCAGUCAAUACAGAAGAAGCUUCAAAUAAUAUAAAAAAUACGCCUCUUGUACAAUGUCAACUACUGUCCUCAAAUCUGUCAACUGUUGAGUCCACGAAUACUAACUCGAUAUCAUUUGAUUCCGGAGAAAUACCAAAAUUGAAGUCAACUCCAGUAACAAAUUUUAAAUCAGAAAAUUUAUAUCAUGAUAUGGAUGUCAGUGGAGGGCCUAUUGAAAAAUCAGGAAAAUCCGAACACGAUAUGACACCCAUAUUGAAAGAGCUUUUCAGAACACCUUCCCGGUUGUUAAAUGUGAAAACAUCACCUAAUCGAAUGUCAAAUUCAACACCUAAGAGCACUACUCAAUUAUUCCUGGAUUCUUCGAAUGUACCAAAUAUAAAAUCAAAUAAAUUGGAAAAUGAAAUAUUAUCAUCACCUCUUGCAUCAGAAUCGAUAAUCUCAGAAAAUACUUCCGUUUCCGAAGAAAUGCAAAUUAAUUCCACAGGAGAUGUAACCGAUGUGUGUGUUCGAUCACCUCUUCCGGAAAGAAAAUCAUAUCUAUCCAAAUCUAAUAGAGACUACUCUCACUUCGAGUCUCCACAAGUCAAAAGUGCAGUAAAAUCUCAUAAUCAGACUGUCACAUCAAACGAUGUGGAACAGGAUAAGCCGCUGAUACAGGAUAAUUUGGUAGAGCUAACGCCAGAAAACACUAAUUCAAUUGAAGAAGCUACUCAAUUAUUCCUGAAUUCAAGUUCAUCAAACAUAAAAUCAAAUAAAUUGGAAAAUGAAAUUGUAUCAUCACCUAUUGCAUCAGAAUCGAUAAUCUCAGAAAAUACUUCCGUUUCCGAAGAAAUGCAAAUUAUUUCCAAAGAAGAUGUAACCGAUGUGUGUGUUCGAUCACCUCUUCCGGAAAGAAAAUCAUAUCUAUCCAAAUCUAAUAGAGACUACUCUCACUUCGAGUCUCCACAAGUCAAAAGUGCAGUAAAAUCUCAUAAUCAGACUGUCACAUCAAACGAUGUGGAACAGGAUAAGCCGCUGAUACAGGAUAAUUUGGUAGAGCUAACGCCAGAAAACACUAAUUCAAUUGAAGAAGCUACUCAAUUAUUCCUGAAUUCAAGUUCAUCAAACAUAAAAUCAAAUAAAUUGGAAAAUGAAAUUGUAUCAUCACACAUUGCAUCAGAAUCGAUAAUCUCAGAAAAUACUUCCGUUUCCGAAGAAAUGCAAAUGACUUCCAAAGUAGAUGUAACCGAUGUGUGUGUUCGAUCACCUCUUCCGGAAAGAAAAUCAUAUCUAUCCAAAACUAAUAGAGACAACUCUCACUUCGAGUCUCCACAAGUCAAAAGUGCAGUAAAAUCUCAGAAUCAGACUGUCACAUCAAACGAUGUGGAACAGGAUAAGCCGCUGAUACAGGAUAAUUUGGUAGAGGUAACGCCAGAAAGCACUAAUUCAAUUGAAGAAGCUACUCAAUUAUUCCUGAAUUCAAGUUCAUCAAACAUAAAAUCAAAUAAAUUGGAAAAUGAAAUUGUAUCAUCACACAUUGCAUCAGAAUCGAUAAUCUCAGAAAAUACUUCCGUUUCCGAAGAAAUGCAAAUUAAUUCCAAAGAAGAUGUAACCGAUGUGUGUGUUCGAUCACCUCUUCCGGAAAGAAAAUCAUAUCUAUCCAAAUCUAAUAGAGACUACUCUCACUUCGAGUCUCCACAAGUCAAAAGUGCAGUAAAAUCUCAUAAUCAGACUGUCACAUCGAACGAUGUGGAACAGGAUAAGCCGCUGAUACAGGAUAAUUUGGUAGAGGUAACGCCGGAAAGCACUAAUUCAAUUGAAGAAGCUACUCAAUUAUUCCUGAAUUCAAGUUCAUCAAACAUAAAAUCAAAUAAAUUGGAAAAUGAAAUUGUAUCAUCACACAUUGUAUCAGAAUCGAUAAUCUCAGAAAAUACUUCCGUUUCCGAAGAAAUGCAAAUUAAUUCCAAAGAAGAUGUAACCGAUGUGUGUGUUCGAUCACCUCUUCCGGAGAGAAAAACAUAUCUAUCCAAAUCUAAUAGAGACUACUCUCACUUCAAGUCUCCACAAGUCAAAAGUGCAGUAAAAUCUCAUGAUCAGACUGUCACAUCGAACGAUGUGGAGCCGGAUAAGUCGCUGAUACAGGAUAAUUUGGUAGAGGUAACGCCAGAAAGCACUAAUUCAAUUGAAGAAGCUACUCAAUUAUUCCUGAAUGCAAGUUCACCAAACAUAAAAUCAAAUAAAUUGGAAAAUGAAAUUGUAUCAUCACACAUUGCAUCAGAAUCGAUAAUCUCAGAAAAUACUUCCGUUUCCGAAGAAAUGCAAAUUAAUUCCAAAGAAGAUGUAACCGAUGUGUGUGUUCGAUCACCUCUUCCGGAAAGAAAAUCAUAUCUAUCCAAAUCUAAUAGAGACUACUCUCACUUCGAGUCUCCACAAGUCAAAAGUGCAGUAAAAUCUCAUAAUCAGACUGUCACAUCGAACGAUGUGGAACAGGAUAAGCCGCUGAUACAGGAUAAUUUGGUAGAGGUAACGCCGGAAAGCACUAAUUCAAUUGAAGAAGCUACUCAAUUAUUCCUGAAUUCAAGUUCAUCAAACAUAAAAUCAAAUAAAUUGGAAAAUGAAAUUGUAUCAUCACACAUUGUAUCAGAAUCGAUAAUCUCAGAAAAUACUUCCGUUUCCGAAGAAAUGCAAAUUAAUUCCAAAGAAGAUGUAACCGAUGUGUGUGUUCGAUCACCUCUUCCGGAGAGAAAAACAUAUCUAUCCAAAUCUAAUAGAGACUACUCUCACUUCAAGUCUCCACAAGUCAAAAGUGCAGUAAAAUCUCAUGAUCAGACUGUCACAUCGAACGAUGUGGAGCCGGAUAAGUCGCUGAUACAGGAUAAUUUGGUAGAGGUAACGCCAGAAAGCACUAAUUCAAUUGAAGAAGCUACUCAAUUAUUCCUGAAUGCAAGUUCACCAAACAUAAAAUCAAAUAAAUUGGAAAAUGAAAUUGUAUCAUCACACAUUGUAUCAGAAUCGAUAAUCUCAGAAAAUAUUUCCGUUUCCGAAGAAAUGCAAAUUAAUUCCAAAGAAGAUGUAACCGAUGUGUGUGUUCGAUCACCUCUUCCGGAAAGAAAAUCAUAUCUAUCCAAAUCUAAUAGAGACUACUCUCACUUCGAGUCUCCACAAGUCAAAAGUGCAGUAAAAUCUCAUAAUCAGACUGUCACAUCGAACGAUGUGGAACAGGAUAAGCCGCUGAUACAGGAUAAUUUGGUAGAGGUAACGCCGGAAAGCACUAAUUCAAUUGAAGAAGCUACUCAAUUAUUCCUGAAUUCAAGUUCAUCAAACAUAAAAUCAAAUAAAUUGGAAAAUGAAAUUGUAUCAUCACACAUUGUAUCAGAAUCGAUAAUCUCAGAAAAUACUUCCGUUUCCGAAGAAAUGCAAAUUAAUUCCAAAGAAGAUGUAACCGAUGUGUGUGUUCGAUCACCUCUUCCGGAGAGAAAAACAUAUCUAUCCAAAUCUAAUAGAGACUACUCUCACUUCGAGUCUCCACAAGUCAAAAGUGCAGUAAAAUCUCAUAAUCAGACUGUCCCAUCGAACGAUGUGGAGCAGGAUAAGUCGCUGAUAAAGGAUAAUUUGGUAGAGGUAACGCCGGAGAGCACUAAUUCAAUUGAAGAAGCUACUCAAUUAUUCCUGAAUUCAAGUUCACUAAACAUAAAAUCAAAUAAAUUGGAAAAUGAAAUUGUAUCAUCACCUCUUGCAUCAGAAUCGAUUAUUUCGGUUUCUGAUCAAAAGCAAACUAUUUCCACGGAAGAUGUAACCGAUGUGUGUGUAAGAUCACCUCUUCCGGAAAGAAAAUCAUAUCUAUCCAAAACCAUAAGAAACUACUCUCACCUCGGGUCUCCACAAGUCAAAAGGACAGUAAAAUCUCCCAAUCAGACUGUAACAUCAAACGAUACGUCGCUGUUAGAUAAUUCGCUUUUUCUGGAGGCCUUGUUUGAAACACCACCGCAAUCAAUACACCGAAAUUCGGCGAUUUCAGCGAAGAAGACAAAUAUUUCUAAAGAAACGGUUGAGUCUGAUGUGAUACAAGAUUCUAUCGAAUCUACGCCACCAAACAUAGAAAUAACAUGCGGACCAAACACAACGACGCCCAUGUCGGAAUCGAUACCGGAAAUAAUUCGAUUGGGCAUGAGCUCUUCAUUAAGAACGAUAUUCAAAACGCCUACACUAUCCUUGCGCAGUAGAACCACUUCUGAUGACAUUUCAGCGAUUAAAGAGGGAAUUCCUACAUUGAAUCUUGAGAUGAACGAAACAGUACUGGAAAAUACACUGACCUUAAAAAAUCUAUUCGAAACGUCUACUCAAUCGUUAGACUUUGAAUUACCAAAAAAAGGAUCAAUCGAAGAUGUGAAGAAGGGCUCAACAGUGAGCAGUGAAAAAGCUGAAAUAGUUCAAUCACAUGAAUUGACACCUGAUAUAUUGACAUUGCCAUCAACAGCAGUGCAUUCAAGGAGAUCGAAAAAUAUGUACCCGGAUACCCCUCAAAUAGUUUCUGCAAGCAACACGGUUUUACACUCAACAACGGUCACUAUUGACAAUGUUAUUCCUACUAGCUCUGAAGUUGAUAACAUGUUUUCUAUGUUAGCAGAGUCUUUAAUCGAAGAUGGCCCUGUUCUUGAAACUACGACCUAUAAUGCAGCGCCAAUCUCGAAUGAUACGUCAAAAUUAGAUGAAACGAUUCUGCAAACGACUAACACAGAUAUUACUGAACUAAUCAAUACUCCGGCAAGCAACAAAAUCGGUAGUACAACCAAAAUGAAUACAGAAACUCCUUUGAUUACUCCAUUUGUAAUAGAAGAAACUCCUGCAAAAAAUAACACAGUAUUAUUGGAGAACUUCGAGAUCUUGUCGAAUACAGUAUCAUCCUUACAAGACAGUAUACAAAUAUUCAACGACGAGGAUGAAUGUCAAACGCUCUCUAUAAAUGUAUCUACGUAUAAGAUAAAUGAUCUAGAACAUGUUACGCCUACUGUAGCAUGUACAGUCAUGGAUUCCAAUACAUCAAUAAAUGUUUCUCCAAGUCUCUUGAAGCACCUUUGUGAAAGAGUCAUUUCAUUAGAACACGCUGUUGAAGCGCUGGAUGAAACAACACUCAAUAACAGCAGUGUUUCAGGAUUGACUGAGCUUCAGACACCAGUACCAGCUACGACACCCGUUAUUUCCACAUCAUCUGGCGCAUUGACAGAAAUCUCAAUGGUUUCCACUAAACGUAAAUUGUAUACAAGAAAUUAUCCGGAUGAUAAAACUCCAGAAGGGCGAAAAUCAAUUGUUGUUCGACCAGUUAGCAACAAUGAAUAUCUAAACAUUGUGGAUCAGACUUCAAAUCAGACUACAAUUGAUAAGAAAGCAAAACGUAGUAAAUCAUCGAACAUUAAUGAUGGUAAGGAAAUUGUUAGGAAAGUACUUCCAACGCGAAAAUCACGACGAAAUAUUAAGUCACUGUCUGAAGAGAGUUUGGCGGGAAUUUCCCCGGAACCGAAAUUCGUCAAACCUAUUCCGAAUCAGACGACAGAUGAAAAUUGCAGUUUGUCUUCAGAAACUGAUAAAAAGUCUGUGAGUGAGUCCUUCAUUGGACGACGGAAAGUGAUGUUUAAUGAUGAAAUCCAAGUGAAAGAAAUAUGUUCACCAGCUCCUGUAGGUGAUAUAAUAAAAAAAGUAUCAUUACGUGGAAGAGGUCGCAAAGUCAAACGUGCUAUUGACGUAAUUAUUCCAGCAAAUAAUGAUGAAACCAUUAAACCGGCCACUAAACAAAUUCAAAAGGUUUCGCAUGACAUUGAAAAAAAUAAUAUCGGUAGUAUAAUUCCAACAAAUAUAAAUGAUGAUACUGUACCUACUAAUAAAGAAAGAGUAGAAGUUUCACCUCCAAAGCGAUCCCGACGAGUAGUGCAAACAAAAUCUACAAACAGUUCAUCUCAAACUCGGUCUAGAUUUUCAAAACGAAAUAAUCUAAACGUUGACAGUGAAGAUUGUUCAAAUGACCCACACACCGAUUGUGAUGCAGAUGGUACGAACGAUAUUCUAAUAGAGCAGGAAGAAGGAUCAACCAAGAAACCAACCAAGCAGGAAGGAAGAUCAACCAAGAAACCAACAAAAAAUACACAAAAGAAGAGAUUGUCUCACGAGGAUACUUUGCCUGAAAUUAUUGGAGAAUCAAAGGUUGUGGAAAAUACUCAACCAAUAUCAAACGUAGAAAAUUUCUUUGCACCUAUAGAUACUAAAGUAUCAACAGAACCAAUUGCGAAACGAUCUCGACGUGCAGCUGCAGCGCGAGAAUUGAAAUCAGCUAACGAGGAAGUUUCUACAUUCCCGUCAUCUUCCAAUGUACGUAUCGAAUUAGAGAAUGUAGAGGCUCUUGAAGAAAUCAAAGUUGACCAGAUUCUAGUUAAUCACGAAAUCACUGAAAAUAUUCAAGAAGUUCAGGAAUCAGCAGCAACUCGUCGUAGGGCGCGCAAUCCUAAGAAAAUUGAGAAAGCACUCUUCAAAAGAGAUACAUCGAAAACGGACCAAACUGAAACUGAUAAGAAACAUGAGGUGGUAGAUAAAAUACACAACGAAGUGGGACAAUCGAAAACAUCUAGCGAAAAAGUUUCUAUAUUGACGUCAUCUUCCAACAAGUCUAUGGGAUUAGAGAAAGUAGUGGCUCAUGAAGAAAUCAAGGUUGACCAGGUUCUAGGUAACCUCGAAAUCACUGAAAAUAUUCCAGACUCAGCAGCAACUCGUCGUAGGGCGCGCAAUCCUAAGAAAACUGAGAAAGCACUCUCCAAAAGAGACAUAUUAAAAACGAACCAAACUGAAACUGAUAAGCAAGAAGUCGUGAAUAAAACAAACACCGACUCCGAUCCAAUAAAUGUUCAAAGUAACGCAGUUGAGGAUGGAUCAAUCGAAGGACACACAUUUUCGAAUAGACCUCGACGUGGAGCACGAAACACCAAGACUGUGGUAACUGUUGGUGUACAAGAAACACUAAGCCCAACGUCAGUUCCGAAACUAUCUCGUCGUGGAAAGCCGAAAAGGGAAACGGAUAUCGAUGAUAAAGAUAAAGAAAAUUUGCUUGACUUAGUGUCAUCGGAUGCUAUCGCCGAGACAUCAGUUAUUGUCGAACAGUCUGAAAAGUUGAACCAAAGGAAAACCCGUCGUGGUACGGAAACAAGAAACGCAACAAAAAAAUUGGUUCGGAAACCAAAAACGCGACAACGAACAACUAGUCGCACCGCAUCUAAUACUGAUUCAACCUGGUGCGACAAUACCGAUUCAAAUGUGAAUGAAAAUUGUGAAACUACACGAAGUGCAGAUCAUUAUAUGUCUGACACCAGCGAAUGUUCUGCAAUAAAAAUAUCUGAUAGUUCAACUGUGGGAAAUUACAAAACUGAACAGAUCUCAAAAUUGAUUCCAACAAAACGAGGUCGUGGAAAGAAGGUAGUCGAAUCGAAUAUUGUCAAUGAGCCCUCCUCUCCGAAAAAAGAAAUGAACGAAUCUGUUUCUGAAUCUAGCGAAGAUACUUCGGACCGCAAACGUCGCGUUGCUCGACCAACCUUCAAAGAACCAGUUGAGCAACCGCCAUCUGUUAAAAUACAAAGAAGAUGUAGACAAAAAAAAAAUCAGAUUGAUAACCAUCUUGAUUCACAUCAGACUAUUGAAGAGUCUUUGAAUGAGUCUCACAUGAUCAAGACCAUGCUACCUUCGUCACUUACGUCAACACCUUUGGUGACAAGUUUCAUUGAAAAAACAGAUGAAGUUGAGAAAAAAAGCGGUCGUGGUAAAAGUCGAAAAAUUGCACACCCUGUGGUUUCCGCAUUAAUUGAAGAAGGGUGUACUACUAAUCGAAAGUCUCCCAGAGGACACCGUAAUAUAGAUCACGCUAGAAUUCAAGAUUCAAUUGUCGAGCAUUCCGAAGAUCCUGUGAUAAGACGUGGACGGGGAAGAGCAACCAACAAAAGCAAGUUAACAGAAGAAUCAAAAAAUGAUUCUAAACACAGCGCUGAACAGUUUCAGUCAAGCAGUCAUGAUAUGAAACCUAAAAUGGUCUCGCAAAAAAGAAAUGGUUCACCCAACAUAAUUCAAAAUGAGAAUUCAGGAGAAACCAUUACGGCCGAAGAUGAUAAACAGACAACGAAACGGACAAAAUCAACAAGAAAAACUACACAAACACUCAAAACAGAUGGGAAUGUUUCGACAGAGCAGAGCAGUCCGGCGAAAAAACGUACACGAAGGGUAGUUAAAAAAGAACCAUCAGGUACCGAUACAGAGGUUUCCUCGCCACACACUACUAAUGGGAAGCGACCAGUACGGUCAAGGAAAUAGUUUGUAUGUUUCUUUUUUUAUUCUCAUAAUUAUUUUUUUAUUUAACAGAACGAGAAGUUUAUAAUUCUUAAGUUUGUUGUAUUAUUUUUUAUGAUUAAUAUUAUUCAUUUUUUUUUAAGAAACAAUAAACCAAGAUGAUUUGAA